UUUCUUUUUUAAAAAUAUUUUUAUUUAUUUAUUCAUAAAUAAAACUGGGAGCACGCAGGACGGUGGGGACCCCGUAGCAGCACCCUGGAGUUGGGGCACGGGCGGCCCCGCGGGGAGGCCCCGUUCCCUCCCACCCAAGGCUCGGCCGCCGGUGCAUACCCUUCUCUAGGCGCCUGUGCCAGGGUCCGUGUCCGCGCCUGUGCCCCGACGUGGCUCCCCCUAAGGAUGCCCACUCUGACUGGGGGGAGCCCCACCCCUUGCCCGUGGCUCCGGGCAAACCUGCUUCAGGAGGAGGCCUGUGCCAGGCGCACAAGGGGGGGUGGGAGGCCGGGACGGUUUUCCAGCUUCUAGACCACCCGUCAGCCCAGCUUAGGCUCCAGUCCCCCAGGUCGCAAAGCAACAUCAGGACACUCUGCUGGUGGCGGCAAGGGAGUGUGGGCCCGGGCGUGCGGGUCCCCCCUGGGGGCCGAAGCGCCUCGGGUGGGUGGGUCCUCGGGGGGAGCCAGCUGGGGAGCACCAGCCGCCACUGCCGCUGGGAUCCCUGGUCUCUGACCUCUGUCCAGAUCCACCCACGUCAGGGCCAUAAAGCCCGAGGAACCCGCAGGAGGAGCAGAGCAGGUCUGAGUUGCUGGAUCCAGUUACUUGGAUCUGAACUACGGGUCCCUGAGAGCACCGUCUACACUGGGAAGGGGGCCUCAUCAUGAGGAGGCUCCUCCUGGUCGCCGGGCUGGCGGCUCUGCUGCUGCGGGAGGCGGGCUCGGCUUCCUUGGCCCAGGGCCUCGUCAGGACCAACGGCAAAGUUGGGGCCCCUGAGCAGGACCCAGAGGGGGCCCGGGGCGCCCACAUGCUGGAGACGCUGAAACACGACAACCAGCCGACGGGGCUCCUCAUGGCCCCAAAGCUGGCAGCUGCCACGUGGGCAACAUGGCAAGGUCAAGGCUCCGAGGCCCAGGUGGGGGCGGAGGGCACCUGGGGCCGUGCCCCCAGCUGGGACCCUGAGCCGGACCGUGACAGCCUGUACCACCCCCCGCCCGAGGAGGCCCAGGGCCCGGCGCGGCUCUGGCCGUGGGUGCUCCCACCUCAGCAGGUGCUUCAAGGGCCGGAGGAGGACCGAGACCACAUCUACCACCCCAGGGAGGCCUCCUGGGGGCCCUGACCCUCCCGAGCUGGAAAAAUAAAGCUUGCAGAGGCCACGA